UACCUAAAAAUGGGAUGGGGAUAAGAUUAGUAAUUGCUCAUUUAAGAACUAAUAGAAAACUUUAUAAAAUAUGGUAAAAAAAAAAUAUUGCCGGUAUGCAAAAAAUAAAUAGGUAUGUAGGUGUGAUUAGGAAGGCAAUUGUAACUGCAAUACAUGGAUAAUAUCCCCAUAAAUUUUUAAAUAGGAGAAUGACCAAUUAUUUCUUAGCAAAGUCGAAGAGAAAAUACACUUUCUUUUACUCUUGGUAUAUAAUUUUCAAUGCUCGUGUUUGAUAUAAUUCUAUAUAGACCCCCAAGACCUACUUUUAAUUACCUCUCUCCUGAUUGUUUUUCUAAUCGCUCCCAUUAAGUUGUCAAUAUUUUGACAGUUGUGGCCAGCAAGGCAUUCCAAUAAAAGCCACGUUUAUCCACCAAGCCAAAACAUUCAAGUCUUAGCUUCAGUUUCGUGUCCUACAAUGUCAAAAUCAAAUAAAAAACUAACGCCCGUAGACCGGUAUCUGAGAAUAGUUCGCGUUAUUAGAUUCUUUGUUGGAUUCUGUGGCAAUGAUGUGGCCGAUCCGAAUUUUAAGAUGUGGUGGCUGACCUACCUGGUACUGAGCGCCAUUGGGAUGUUUUUGGCCUGCACAGGAUACACAAUUUACAGGGGAGUGGUGAUCGACGGAGACCUCACCGUUAUCCUUCAGGCCAUGGCCAUGGUGGGAUCUGCUCUGCAAGGACUAACAAAGCUUUUGGUUACGGCGAACUUGGCACCUUUAUUGCGUCACAUACAGUAUGGCUACGAGGAUAUCUACCGAGAGUAUGGUGCCAAGAGCGGCGAAUACAUCAAGUGCCUGGAGCGCAUCAUUAAGAUCACCUGGCGGAUCAUGAUCAGCUUUUUUUGUCCUUGUCUGAUGAACCUGAUUGCCGUUGUGAGUUUUCCCAUCUUCUACUUGGUGGUCUACAAAAAGAAAAUCAUGGUCAUGCAAUUCCUGAUGCCACUUAUUGACGAAAAGACCGACACUGGCUACAUGAUUCUCUCGGCGGUUCAUGUGGGUCUCAUUUUCUUCGGUAGCUUCGGCAACUACGGUGGCGACAUGUAUCUCUUCUUAUUUGUCACCAAUCUCACUCUAAUCAAGGAUAUAUUUUGCGUAAAGCUAAAGGAACUCAAUGAAGUGGUGCUCAAGAAAAACGAAUACGAGCAGAUGAGAGUUAUGCUUUUCGAUUUGGUGACCUGGCACCAAAAAUAUCAAAACAUUCUUUUGACAACGAGGAGGAUCUACAGCUUUGUGCUUUUUGUCCAGCUCUCUACCACCUGCAUCAGUAUGCUGUGCACCAUUGCCUGCAUUUUUUUGCGAGUCUGGCCAGCAGCUCCCAUCUAUCUUCUUUAUUCUGCCACAACGUUGUAUGCCUUUUGUGGUCUUGGAACAGCGGUAGAAAUUUCGAAUGACGUCUUGAUCAGAGAGAUCUACUCCGGUUGUUUGUGGUAUGAGCUGCCCGUAAAGGAGGAAAAAAUCAUCAUCCUGAUGCUGGCCAAGGCCCAAACAGAGCAACAUCUUACCGCUGCCAAUAUGUGUCCUUUGUCCAUGAACACCGCCCUCCAACUGACCAAGGGCAUCUAUAGUUUCAGCAUGAUGCUGCUGACUUACCUGGGAUUAGAAAAAUAAGUAUAGGAGCACAAGGAAAAUCUUAUAACUAGACAAGCACCAACUGUAUUACAGAGUCGAUAUUCUCAAUAAAGAUUUUAAAUCAAACCUAG